GUGUUUCUUGGCGGGUUUCUGUUUUUGUUCUUGGAUUGAGGUACUUUUGCUUGUGCAUCUGUGUGGGAAUGUUGUGAUGAUUCUGCCUUUCUAUUUCUUUGACCAUUUAUCUUAAGAUGUUAAUUUCAGCUUUGAAGUGACGGUACAGAAUUUGCAGAUUAUUUUGGUGCUUGAGAUUCUUCUGAGUUCUGAAUCGACUAUCAUCAGACAACUCAAAUGAAUCCAGACCCCAAGAAGUCCAAAGUCUUACCAUCAAACUUACCCAACUCGAAUGGUUCAAGUCACCCUCACUCGCUGUUCCCAGAUGAAGUCUUGGAGAAGGUCCUGUCACUCAUAGAUUCACACAAGGACAGGAACUCGGUUUCCCUUGUCUGCAAAGACUGGUACAAUGCUGAGAGAUGGACAAGAUCUAAUCUUUUUAUUGGAAACUGUUAUUCAGUGUCUCCUGAGAUUGUGGCUAGAAGGUUUGCAAAGAUUAAGAGUGUCAGACUCAAAGGGAAACCUCGCUUUUCUGAUUUCAAUAUGUUGCCGCGGGAUUGGGGUGCUAAUGUGCACUCAUGGCUGGUCAUGUUUGCCAAGGCUUACCCGUUUCUGGAGGAGCUGAGGCUCAAGAGGAUGACGGUAAGUGAUGAGAGCAUGGAGCUCUUAGCCAAGUCUUUUCCGCAAUUCAGGGCUUUAUCUUUGUCAAGUUGCGAUGGUUUCACUGAUGAUGGGCUCAAAGCCAUUACCACUCAUUGUGGGAACUUGACCGAGCUCGACAUACAGGAUAGUGUAACAGUGGACGUUGGUGGAGGUUGGCUGAGUUGCUUCCCGGAGAACUUUUCCUCACUGGAAAUCCUAAACUUUUCCAGCCUCAACAGCGAGGUGAGUUUUGAGGCCCUGGAGAAACUUGUUAGUAGGUGCAGAUCAUUGAGGGUCCUGAAGGUCAAUGAAAACAUUACCUUGGACCAACUACAACGGCUGCUUGUGCAUGCUCCUCUGUUAACAGAGCUUAGUACUGGCUCAUUCCUGCAAGAACUUACACCUCGGCAAUACGAGGACAUUGAAAGUGCAUUUGGGAAUAGUAAAAAUCUCCAAGUUCUUUCUGGUUUAUGGGAUGCUACUUCCUUCUAUCUCCCUGUUCUUUAUGGAGCUUGUUCUGGUCUGACUUUCUUGAACUUGAGUGAUGCGGUCCUUCAAAGUGGUGAACUUGCAAAGCUUCUUGCUCACUGCCCUAAUUUGCGACGCCUCUGGGUCAUUGAUACUGUUGAAGACAAGGGGCUCGAAGCUGUUGGGUCCAGCUGUCCCUUGCUUGAAGAACUCCGAGUUUUCCCCGUUGAUCCUUAUGAUCUUGAUCAUCGCCAUGGUGUGACUGAGAUGGGCUUCUUGGCUGUCUCUCGUGGAUGCCGUAAACUCCGCUAUGUCCUCUACUUUUGCCGGAGGAUGACGAAUGCUGCUGUUGUAACCAUUGUUCAGAACUGCCCUGAUUUUACCCACUUUCGUCUUUGCAUAAUGAAUCCGCGCCAGCCAGAUUUCCUGACAAAUGAACCUAUGGACGAAGCCUUUGGAGCUGUGGCUAAAAAUUGCACAAAACUCCGCAGGCUUUCAGUUUCAGGACUUCUUACUGACACGACAUUCGAGUACAUAGGGAAGUAUGCCAAAAAUCUCGAGACUCUUUCCGUUGCUUUUGCUGGCAGCAGCGACAGAGGGAUGCAGUGUGUUCUGGAAGGUUGCCCCAAGCUGAGAAAGCUUGAGAUAAGAGACUGCCCAUUUGGAAAUGCAGCUCUUCUGUCUGGUCUCAAGAAAUAUGAAAUGAUGCGAUCGUUAUGGAUGUCGGCGUGUAACUUGACAAUGAAGGGUUGCAGGCUACUUGCACGGGAGAUGCCGAGGUUGAAUGUCGAAGUAAUCAAAGACGAUGGAAGUGAUGAAAUUCAAGCCGACAAAGUUUAUGUCUAUCGUUCAGUAGCAGGGCCGAGACAGGACGCCCCUUCCGUUGUUCUCACUCUUUGACACAUGGAAGAAGAAUAAUUGUCGGAUAUGCUGGAAUGACCACUUGGUUCUUGGUUAGAGGUCGAACCAAGUAAUCGGAUGUAAUAAUGGUUGUGAAAGCAAGCAUAUAAUACAAGAGCUAAGUAUUUUAUACUACAUGAAGCCUCUUGGAUUUAGUUAUGCAAUCAAAGUCUAAUUACGGAACAAAAGCUUAAACCCCAAAGGCUCGAAAUUCAAAUCUUGGCUUGUUCUCGUUGUUAAUUCAUUCGAAUUAGCAGAAACGACGCUGGGAAUUUCUUGCAGAGCAGCUCUUCCCCAGUUCAACGUUUCGGUUCUUUCCCACGUACCGAUUGUAGUUUGAUUCUGUGGAACUGUAUAAAAGAAUGCGAACAUGUAACCUGUAAAUUCUGUAUUGAGUGCCCAGGUGGGGCAAGAUGUGAUUGCAUUGUGAAGAAUGAGUUGGGCAUAGGGGGUUUGAUUUAAGGUUGAGUAGACUAUAGAGUUGUAAUGGUGGAGCCUGAGCCUGAGCCUGCUUCUGGACUAUGUAUUAUUACUUAAUUCAUGAUUGCAGAUUAGUUGUUCACUAAUCUGAGAUGCUCUGUUUUCAGGUCAA